AUGGUCGAAGAGCAUUAUCGCACACGCCAUAGUUUCCGGGAUUGGAAAGUCUCAAAACCAAUCGAAGAUUGGUAUCACCAAAGUAUCCGAGAUCUUUCUGGGUUAGGCAUCGAUGAGAAUCUCAUGAGUAGGGAGUGGAGAAAAGUAGUUCAGAAGGGAAAUAAAGAAGCAGCAAAAAGGGAAAGAAAAGAGGCGGAAAGAGUACAUUUAGAGAUGAUGGAAAAAGAGAAGGACUAUCCGUAUCAUCGUUAUCGUGGUGGGAGAAGAAAAAGGUCAUGUUAUAAACCUUCCGAUUCCUCCUACGACGAUGAAUCAUCAGAAGGUAUAGUUUUCCAUUAUCGUAAGCACAAACCCUCCAAAUCCAAAUCUCCCACCAAGAAAAAAGAAACAGAAAAAGACCAUCCUAAAGGAACACCUAAAUGGGUAAUCUGUCCGCGUCGCUCGAAACACUGCUCACGCGAACAUGAAAUGGUUAAAUGUAAUGGACGCUGCGGUCUUAUGGCAUGUGUGGAAGAUGCCCAUCGUUGUCAUAAAAUAUACAUCGAGUACGAAUGUACGGAUCCGGAUUGUGAAAAGUGUAAGAAAAUCAAGGAGAAACAGGAGGCGUGGGAAAAGAAGGUGGCGAAUCCGACGCAUGAGGAGAAAUGGGUGGAUUGUCCUUGUCCGGAUCCGUGGUGCAGAGACAAGGUUAUGGAAAUCAAGGAGAUUCCGAAGCCGCCGAAGCCGAGAUUUUAUGGUACAAAGUCUUGA